AUGUCGGAACAAAGCGAGCAACCGAAGCUAGUCGAACAAAACGAGACAACAACAUCAAAACAACAUCGAUCAUCGCAUCCUUUGCUUUCAAAAAAUCAUAACGAAGAAAACGAGAUUAAAACUUUAGAGGAUGCAUCAAUAGAUUUUAUUAAUCAAUUAGUAAUAGACGAAAAACGAGAAUUAAAUACCAAAACAUGCUCAUCAGUGCCAUUAGAAAAACAAUCUAAUAAGAAACAGUAUGAUCAAAGUGUAGUCGGCACACUAUUGGUGAUAUCAUCUGAUCCUAAUCAAAUAUUUGAGUACAUUACACAUGGUAAUUUUGCUGCACUUCGGAAAACAUCCGAAAUACAUCAUGCUAAAAUUGUGACAAUGAAAAAUUCAUUUAAUCAAACAGUUUUAUAUAUGGGUGUUCAACAUAAUUUAGCAUAUGUAUGGAUACGACUAUUUCUAAUGCGUGGUGUGGAUCCUUGUGUACAAGACACAUCGGGAUUAACAGAGCACAUUAUACAUGCGAAAGAGAUGAUACAAUAUGGUAUGACACCAUUUAUGUUGGCUACGUUCAAAAGAUCGCUAAAAUGUGUUCAAUUUUUACACGAACACUAUCCUAGUCAAAUAAAUCAGCAGGACAAUGAUGGUGACACAUGUUUACACUAUACUGUAGCUAACAAUGAUCUAGAGCUCUCAAAAUAUUUAAUUCAAGUUUGUGGUGCAAAUGUAAAUGGUGGUGAUGAACAACGUCCUUCACCGUUGGAUAUUGCGAUAUUCAACGAUUAUAAUAAUAUGAUUAGAUUUCUUCUCGAACAUGGUGGUCAGAAACGCUGUAAUAUACAACGUGUUGUGAACAAAUCAACCGUUAAUAUCGUUCAAGGACAAAAGAAUACUGAAUAUAUAAAAGAUGAAACAGAUAAAAGAAGUAAAUCUCAUUUAAAUCCUUCUGGUAUUAGCCGUACAGGUUUAAUGUAUCAUGAUAAAAGAGACUAUUCAAAUGCUUUAGUGUGCUAUUUAAAAGCGCUAGUAAUGGCGUUAGAAACAAACGAUGCUCAUUCUGAUAUUUCAAAUUAUUAUGGAAAUAUUGGUUUAAUACAUGCUAUUCAGGAGGAUGAUGCAUCUGCCAUUGAAUAUUUUGAGAAAGCUUUAAUUAUGAAACGUUGUAAUCCAAUUGAAAACAUGCCUGAAAUUGAUAGAUUAGAAAAAUAUAUUAAUCGUAUUAAACAACAAGAACAAACAUGUAGAUAA